GGCCGAAGUUACCGAAAACAUGUCUGCAUCUUCAUCACGCCUGCCUGCGUUUCCCGACGCUCAGCAGGCUCAAAUUAUCAGGGCGAACCAGAGAGACUUGUUCCAUGUGUCAUCGUUGAGGGAACAGGCAGAGUCAGUGCUUCGAUCGUGGCUUGGUACAAGAUGGCUCACGCGAUGGGACAAGGAGGUCGAGCUAGCUGUGAAGCUCAUGUACUACGGACUAUCCGUUGGUAGAGCCGUUCAGACUCUCGGAGAGGAGUACACAGAUAUCUGGGAGUACUCUUCUGCCGGAAGAACACCCUCGCAUUCUCUAAGAGCUGCGCUGAUCCUCCUCCCUACGCUUCCUUCAUAUGUUCUUGCGCGCUGGGGCUCUCAGAUCAGUGCGCUGAGCCCGAGAGUGGGCGAAUUGCUCAAGGUGCUGCAGGUGUGUUUGGAAGUAGGGACGGAGAUCAACCUGGCGGUGUUUUACCUGCGGGGCACGUACUAUGAUCUGGUGAAGAGGAUGUUAGGCAUUCGACAUGUGUCUUCCAUCCCAGAGAACCCUCAUGUUCGGCCGCCGUCAUAUUCGUUACUUGGCAUACUCAUUGCGAUACGCCUCCUCCACCGUCUCAUUACAUUUUUGCGCAGUAGAUCUCAAGCUGCUUUGGACAAGUCCUCAGGGAAGCGUCCCCUGGAUUCGACGAAUGAGAUGUUCAUCGAUGAUCGACCUAUUUCUAAAUUGCUCGGCGUCUCUGCCUCUGAGUCCGAUGUGAAACCAGCGGAAGAAGACGAGAACACAAUCUUAGAUGUCACGUCGAUACCACCGCACCAGCGGGCAGGAAGGACGUGCACGCUUUGUCUGGAAGAACGAACAGAUAGCUGCGCGACAGAGUGUGGGCACCUGUUUUGUUGGGGGUGCAUUGUGGGAUGGGGGCGGGAGAAGGCAGAGUGUCCAUUGUGUAGACAGGCACUUAGUCUUACGAGGUUAUUGCCGAUUUACAACCUAUAAUUUUAUGUUAUACUCUGAUCU